AUGAGACCCCCAGCUCUUCCUCCGUCACUGCCCACGGCCUCCUCAGGUUUGAGGGUUCGCUCCUGGUGUUUCCGGCUCUUGCCUCCCAGCCCCACUUCCUCCUUUUUACGCCGCAGCUGCUCCCCGGCUCGCGGCCCUGUGAGCGCUGGUGGUGCCGACUCUGACCACAAAAGUGGGCCCAGCAAAGCUAAGCGGCUCGAAGCCCAAGACCCAGAACAGGCCUUGCUCCCCGGGUUGUCCAACCCAGUGCUCGUCGCUCUACCUGCUUACUGCAGGGAGCACCACAAGGACCUGGCCACGGUGGAAAACACAGAAGAAGUGAAGAAGUUACCGAUACCCUCUGGACACACCGCCUGGAUCGGACUGUAUGAUGACCCCGCCUCCUGGAAGCAGAUGACUGGUACCCUGGUGACCCCCAGAACGCCGGUGGAAAACAACUGUGUGUCCUCAUGCAAAAUGGUUUCUGGUUGGAUCAAGACUGUACCACUACAUAUGCCUUUGUUUGUUACCGAGUCCUACUGCAGACAGAACUAUCAUGACCUGGCCACGAUCCAGACCUCUGCAGAAAACCAGGCAGUGAAGGAUCUUCUCACCUCCUCAACAUCCAUAGUCUGGAUCGGUCUGUACCGGGUCUCCUGGAGGUGGUCCGACGGCAGCCCCAGUACCUUCAGGAGUUGGUUAACAGGGGAGCCAGGCAAUUCAGGAGGAUCAGAGCACUGUGGUGUUCAGUAUGAUUGCUUUUGGCAUGAUUACCCCUGUUCCUUCAAACAACCGUUUGUCUGCCAAGAAGUCUGGAUGUUCAUUAUCGUCCUCACAGCUGGAAGAACGCUUGGGCCCGGGGUUCUCAGUGAAGUGGCACCGUCUGCCCACAAGGAGAUGAGUGAUGUCACCGCACACAGGCAGAGGAACGCACUAUCGAUCUCUGGAGCAACGCUGGGGAUUAAGGCUGCCCUCUGGUUCACUGUAACUGGUUCUGGUUCACUUUAG